AUGGGAUCUAAGAGAAAGAAGGCCGAGAAGCAGAAAGAUUUCGUUAAGGCGAAAUUGAGAGUUGGUAAAACAGCUGCUAAACCAGAUAACCAUACCGAUACCUCAUUCAUCGCCAAAUCCAUUUCUAUACCGAAUCAAACUAUUAACAAAAAGACAUCCAAUACAGAGAAAAAAUAUGAAGUAGAUUUGGCUCAUCAUCUUUCAUUGACAAAGCAUCAUUCUGAUGUUACACGAAAGGAGGUCUUGAAUUAUAUUGAACAACAUUUACCAUCCAAUCCAUCGCUCUACAAAGAUAUAUUGACCAGUAUUGUGCCAUUAAUAAUUGAUCAGUCUCAGAAUGUUCGGAAUGCCUUGACAUCAUUAUUGUCAGCCUGUGCUACACAACAGGUUGGCUUGUUGGAUUUACACAUAAGAUCUAUUAUUCUUUUUAUACAUCUGGCGAUGAGCCAUAUUAAACCAGAUAUAAGAAAUAGCUCGACCAAAUUUUUAUCAGUGUUAAUCGACCAUGCAACAGAGUCAUUAGUGCGUUCAUAUUUUAUCAAGACGCUAAAGUCGUACUUUACAUUAUUAUCGUGGACCUUGACGAAUGAUAAGAAAGCAGUUUCCUUGGCCAUCACCACUAGUUCCUCUAUCGGAGGCCCAAGCAAGAAAGCACGUAUUCAUCACUUAUCGAUAUUAAGAGCAUUUUUAUCAGCUGCAUUAUUUCCAAUAAGUAGCAACGAAAGGAAAUUGGAUUAUUCAAAGAUCAAGAUGAUUCAUCCUGAAUCGUACAAAUAUUUGUUAGCGUCCAGCACUCAACCAUUUGCAUCUUUGAAAUUAUUCGUUCAAGAAGUUCCGAAACAGAAAAACACAGACAUACAACAAAAUACCAAAAAAGAUGACAAUGCAUUUUCCUUAAAUGAUUUGGAUACCGUUUCGACAGAGGAUAUAGAUACCAGACGAAAAGUUAUGCUUGACGUUUUCAUGGCUCCAAUGCUUAGGAAUUUGAAAAAUUUAAUAAAGGAGGGUGGUGAAGUUGGUAGAGAAGCACAUUCAUGUAUGAAGGUGUUGGAACAGUUACAAUCGGAGACUAAAUAG